UGUGGACAAGGUUUCUCCCGGUGACGACAAGGUUCCUGGCGGUGAGGACAAGGUUCCUGGCGGUGAGGACAAGGUUCCUGGCGGUGAGGACAAGGUUCCUUCCUGUGAGGACAAGGUUCCUGGCUGUGAGGACAAGGUUCCUGGCUGUGAGGACAAGGUUCCUGGCGGUGAGGACAAGGCUCCUGGCGGUGUGGACAAGGUUCCUGCCGGUGAGAACAAGGUUCCUGGCGGUGUGGACAAGGUUUCUGCCGGUGAGGACAAGGUUCCUGGCGGUGAGGAAAAGGUUCCUGGCUGUGAGGACAAGGUUCCUGGCGGUGAAGACAAGGUUCCUGGCGGUGAGGACAAGGUUCCUGCCUGUGAGGACAAGGUUCCUGCCGGUGUGGACAAGGUUUCUGCCGGUGUGGACAAGGUUUCUGCCGGUGAGGACAAGGUUCCUGGCGGUGUGGACAAGGUUCCUGGCGGUGUGGACAAGGUUCCUGCUGGUGAGGACAAGGUUUCUCGCGUUGAGGACAAGGUUCCUGCCGGUGAGGACAAGGUUCCUGGCGGUGUGGACAAGGUUUCUGCCGGUGAGGACAAGGUUCCUGGCGGUGUGGACAAGGUUCCUGGCGGUGUGGACAAGGUUCCUGCCAGUGAGGACAAGGUUCCUGCCAGUGUGGACAAGGUUCCUGCCAGUGAGGACAAGGUUCCUGGCGGUGUGUACAAGGUUUCUGCCGGUGAGGACAAGGUUCCUGCCGGUGAGGACAAGGUUCCAUCCU